CACCUACUCAUUUCACAGUUUCGCAUAUCGCAAAACAGAAACAGAGUGUGUUGUGCGUUUGUUUGUUUUGCUCUGUUUUUCCUUUUUUCUUUGCAUUUUUGGUUGAUGAUGAUUGAGAAACACAGGUGCAAACUCUGCUUCAGAACCUUCUCUAAUGGCAGAGCAUUGGGUGGUCACAUGAGGUCUCACAUGAUGCACCUACCGCUUCCACCAAAACCGAACGAGUCACCACCACCGGCGACGAUUCAACUCAGCUUUGAGGCCGAGUCAGCUUCAUCUCCUUCUUCCUCCUUUGAAGAAAACAACAACAAGGGAUCACUCUCGUAUGUGUUGAGAGAGAAGCCGAAGCGGAAUUUCCGGUUCUCGGAUCCUGAGUUUUUCGAUGCUGGGUCGGUGAUCCUCCAUCAUGACAGGGAAAGUGAGAGCGAGUCGUCCAGGAAUCUGACUCGGAAACGAUCCAAGCGGACUCGGAUCGAAUCGACUAGUUCGGCUUCGAACACCACCACGGAGGAGGAUGUGGCGUUUUGUCUCAUGAUGCUGUCUCGUGAUAAGUGGAAGAGAAAACAUCAUGAGCUAGUUCAUGAUGAUGAAGAUGAAGAAGACGAUGAAGAUGAAGAAGAAGAAGAGGAAGAAGAUGAAGAUAGUGAUGAUGGCGAUGAAUCCGAGGAGGAAGAAGAGGUGAAGGUGACUACGAAGAAGGUGAGAGGAAGGUACAAAUGCGAAACGUGUGACAAGACGUUUCGGUCGUACCAGGCAUUGGGUGGACACAGAGCGAGUCACAAGAAGAUCAAGGUAGUGAAAGAAGAAGAUCAUGAAAUUGAGAACAAGAAUUUGGUGGUGGAGAAGAAGAUUCACCAGUGUCCGGUUUGUUUUCGGAUUUUUGGGUCGGGUCAGGCGCUGGGUGGGCACAAGAGAACCCAUGUUACCGGGUCAGCGGCGGUGGUGACGGCGGCAGAGGUCAGGGUGGUUCCGGUUCUGAGUUCCCCGAAGUUUGGUGACAGUUUGAUAGAUCUCAACCUCCCUGCUCCGUUGGAUGAGGAUGAUGUUAGCCAGAUCGACGACUCUGCGGUUUACUAUUGAAUGAAUCAGGGUUUCAAAUUGCGGUCACAAUCACAGUUUUGGGCAGAGUCCCUACAUCGGCAUCAUAAUCAUGGAUGCUACAUUUGUCAGCAAUUCCGCGAUGUAUCGGCAACUGCAACUACAAUUUAGAACUUUGGGAUGAACAAUAACAACUUUCUUUUUGACUAAGUAUUGAUCAUUGAUCAAAUCAAAAGGUACAAAAUUUUGGUUCUUUUUUUAGAUUUGUUCAGCGAAUCUGGCCAUACAUUUUACUCUACAGUUGUUAUUAUUUAUAUAAUAAUAAUUUUAUAAUUUUUCUUAGGUUAUUCUAA